CUAUCCCCCCUUCCCCGCGCGCCUGAGACGGUGGCCACCGUGAUACGUUCUAGGGUUCAGCUCGCCGGCGAUGUCGAUGCCGUUACCGGGGCGGACGCUCGUCGACCUCGACGGCGACGCGCUGGCCCACUGCGCGCGCCACCUCGGCGCCCGCGACGUCGCCAGCCUCGCCAUGGCCUGCCGCCCGCUGCGCGCUGCCGCCUACUGCGACGCCGUAUGGUACCACCUCUACAGCGAUAUUAGGUGCCGCAACGAUGGUUGGGACUGCAACAUUAUGAACCUCUACUGUGAUUUUCUUGUUUGAGCAGAUAGAGUUAAGCUUCGGAGAACAUCUGGUUUGGUGUCAGCUAGGCUGAGGAAGCCUCGAUUGAACAGUACAUUAAUUGUUGGGAUGCACUGCACUGAAAGGGAGGAGAUCCUGUCAUUUUUCAGAAUGACUUUCAUCUUCAUUGUUGUAUGAUUGGUUGGCAUUUGAUAGGAAAACUUGAUCAUAAGACUGUCAGAGGGUUUGUGGGUCCACCGAUUUAGUGGCACUUUAUUAGUUGUCUUGGUUGUUGGGAUUGCAAUCUGCAGACUUGUCAAUCUUCUGAUUUGUAUCUCUCCAGCAAAGUAGAAUAUUUGAAAUAUGGAGCAACAGUGUUGGUGUUUAUGGUAUACUCCCUAUGCGUCAUAACAAUAGUGUUUUUUUGGACAUUGACACAGUUUGCAAGGCGUUUUUUGGAUAACUUGAUGUUGAAUUUAAAAAUGUUGUUUCACAAAAAAAGAGAGCGGUUUGUACAUUAAGAGUGAGCUCAAGUUUAGGGUUUCAGGUACUAUCAUACAUUAUGAACGUCUAUCUAUUACAUGUUGAAGAUAUCAAUUUGAUGUUGUCGGUGCUAGUUAUUUUUCAUUGUAGAGUCAAACCUAGAAAUAUUGGACUCAUACAAUUCAAAAUGACUUAUAUUCGACUCUGUUGGACUAACUUUUUUAAGUAGUAGUUUUUGGUAGUUUAAUUGGAUAAAGCUAUUAUGUAGGUGGAGGAAUUGUCACUGUCUACACAAUAUGAACUUUAUUUAAUAAGGCGCAUGCAAUUUGAAAGUGACAGGCAGCGAAUGUUUCUUUUACGUGAUGCCACUACAAAUGCUUGAUGGUCGUUUGUUCGCUUUUAUGCUUUGCAUCAAGUUUUACAGUUUCUACGAGUUGAUCAAUGUCGUGUGAUCCUUUUCUGAACUCACAUAACUGUAUCUAAUGUUUGAGUCUAUGCUAUAUAGUAUUUUGAGACUUUGGAAACUACAUAUGUAUCUGAUUGCCCACUUAUUUAUUGCGUCAUGACCAUUUGAACGCUUAGGGGGCAAUGGCCUUUUCAACAAGUGCCUCGUGGAGCUUUGGGGAUUAGAGAACUAUACAUUCGGAGGCACACUGAAGUACAUCAAAUGAAAUUUGAUGAUCCCUUAUCAUCUAUUUAUUAUCUAGAUCCCACGGAGCCGACACCAAGCCACCUAAUGCUUGAUAGGAAUGGUGUUUGGUUCUCUCAAGGGCCAGUAGUCAAAAGAUUGAGGCUUGGUCUGGACAUGGAAUUAGUGGAAACCUACAGGACCCAUAGCGCGAGGAUCACUUGUAUGAGAUUAUUCCCACUAAUCGACACCCCGUUGUAUCGAAGUGAUGCACAUAGAAAUGAAAAGGCAUUAGCCACUUCAAGCACAGAUAGAACAGUCCGUCUUUGCUGGAAGGGCCAAUCACGCUGUUACAAGGGCCAUUCAGGACCUGUUACUGCUCUGGCUGACAAAUUGCUUGAUGACGGUGAAUGUAAAAUACUCGCAACUGGUGGUGAAGACUGCACCAUUCGCCUUUGGUCUAUGAAUACAAGAGCAAAAAAACACCCUCUAAUAUCAACUUUGCACGGGCAUGAAAAAACACUGUCACUUUUGUCUGUUGCUUGGCAUAAAUCCUCCCUGCUGGUCAGCAGUUCCAAAGAUACAAAGGUGAAAGUGUGGGACACAAUGGCACCUCCUUCCAGUGUCUCAUCAUCUUGCGUUGGGGGUGCUCAUCUUAACUCAAGUGGUCCACCGAUUGCAAUCAAAUGCUACGAAUCCCUUUGUUACAUUGCUGCUGGAUCCGAAGUGACAGCAAUUGAUUUGAGGACGAUGAAGAAGGCUUCUGUUCUUGCACCUCGUAACCAAAGAAUACUUUCUUGUGAGAUGCUGCCCUCUGAAUGGCUAAUAUGCACGGGCAUAAAAGACAAGGCUCUUCUGUGGGAUAUUCGUAAGUCUCAAGAACUCAAGCACACAGUCGCAGAACUGCAUUCAGAUGGUCCCGUGACGUUGCUUCACUUGGAUCCAUACAAGGUAGUGAUGGGCGCGCCAUGGGAUGGUCAGGUCCAUGUCUGGGAAACUCGGACGGGCCACUUGGUGAACAGAUUGAGUUGCGACGAGCCUGUUAAAUCAGGAGGGAGAAGCACAAUGUCAGCCAUGGCCGUGGACGGGUGUAGGAUUGUCACCGCAGGGAGUAGUUCUACCAGAGGCAGCCUGUUACACUACCAAGACUUUCUGAGAUCCUCAGUUCCUGUAGCUUUACCUGGCAAGGAGGUUUCCAAGUUCUGGGGAUCUCAAGAAUAUGACGAUGAAGACUAGCGUAAAUUAUCCUCACAAAGGUAGCAUUGCAUACAAGAUGAGAUUUUGAGAGCUCAUCCCUUAUGUUAAGCUGGUGCACAUCUGUCUCUUGGCCUCUCCAUGCUAAGGUUUAUUAAAAAUACAAGGGAGCGUCUUUGCAAAUGGGCCUGCACCAUGCAUGCAGGAAGGAUACUACUGCCUGAGCAGUUUGCUUGUAAGGCUUCAUCUGUAGCUACAUACAUAUUGUUUUUCUCGAAAAAGCUACAUACAUAACAUGAACCUUUGUGUAACUAGUGGUGACAGGAUAAUCAUGUUGUUCUCUUCACCAUAGAAUUACAGUGGAUUAGGUUGAGUUUCUCAAAAAAGUGAGGCCUGGUUCCCGCAGUAUUCCUCUGAAGGGCAGUUAUAGUGCUACUGAACAUAUAUGCAGAAGUCCAGUAGCACAUGUGUUGACAAUCAUAUUACCAUUGUAAGAUAUUCUCAUAGAUAAUGAAUCAUAUCCCACGAGUA